CCCCGCUCUCCAAUCCCCCCUCUUCAUCGCCCGCCAUUUCCAGCCUCUCCCAAUUUCCUCAGCCCCGUAGGCAGGUGCAGGCAGCCAGAGGCGGGGAGACAGGCUUUGAGGCCGAAGCUGUGUACCCUUGGACACACAGUCCUGCCACCAAAACGCAAAUAUCCAGACACUCUUGGAUUCGUCAGACAAUCAAUGAAUCAUCUGAGAGUGUUUCAAGACAUUGCGAAGAAGGAAGGGGAGAAAUCAGAAAAUAUUGAAGGAAGAGCCUCAAAAGCAAAUGAGAAGAUUUGUAUUCUCACUCCAAUUUAACAUCGAGCAUAGUGCCGUACCAUCUUUCUUGUAAAAAGCUGUGACCCACAACAGAAUAAUAUGAGUGAUUCCAAGAUAGAGUCGCUGUUCUUCACCAGUCUGCCAGAUUUUCAAAAACUCUGUGCUGUCCGAGUAACGCUAAAUCAUGCGGUAACAGACACAGAGAUUAGGAGUACACAGAUGAAAAUGUGCAGGCAAUUGCUGUUUUUACACCAGGAUGUUCUUGCUUCGCCUGAUCCGGGAAGGCUAGAUAAAAUUUUGGUAGUAACAGCGAUUACAUUUUACAAAAGUGGAAAGCUUCAAGAUUACGCUAGGAGUCAUGGAGCUACGAUGGAAGCUCCCCAACGGGUGGUCCCAGAUAUCCUGCAAACCUGCCUCUCCUAUUCUCUCUCAGCCCGACUUGCCCCUUCCUGGAAUAAAGUGGGUCAACUACUGGUGCAAGGGAGAGAUUUUCUGUGCCAAAUGGGAAAGCAAAGUGCUGUUGCACUGGAAUACAAUGUAUCCGAAACCCAACUUUGCGUAAGUGUAGAGGCUUGCACAAUUAGACUUCCACCACCUGAGCUGGAAGACUUUGAAAUAUCCAAAAACAUAUUAAAGAGGUUUGAGGCUCACGAGGAGGCAGUCAUUCAGCAGCAUUCCAUUUUCAAUAACUGGUGUUACAUCUUACCAAGCAUGAAGAUGGGACAAAUCAUCAAUAUUCUUCACACCAUUCCUACUGAUUGUCCUUUCAAAUCGUAUGGAGACCUUCAGGCGCAUUGGAAUAAUCUGUAUGGGUAUACGCUUCCAGAGGAUUGUGGAGACCCUAAAAUAUACUGCAGCAUCUACUUCAAGUUAAUUGGAGAAAGACUUUUUACAUAUCCUUUUAAAAAAAAAUAGCAAUUUAAAAUUCAAGAAGAGAUCCUCCUCCUUUUCC